AGUGCCGAUAAACUGGCCGAAGAAUGCCGCGACAGCUACCGAGCACACUUCUUUGCAUUCCAGAUGGAUAUUUCAUCAGACGAGAGCGUCAGUAGCGCUGUUACAUACGUCUCAGAAAUUCUGCAACAGCUCAACAAGGAGCUGUAUGCGGUGGUGAAUAAUGCUGCUACACCGGGAACGAAUAUGUUCGAUGACCUGUUGAACAUGGAAGAGUAUGAGCGGUUGAUCACAGUCAACACAAUGGGUGUCAUCCGAGUGACCAGAGCUUUCAAGCCGAUGAUCAAACGCUCUAAGCAAUUUUUAACUUGUUUACUAGUCAAAACAAAACCAGCGACCUGCUGGAUUCAUAAUAUAUUUGAGAGUGCAAGUAGUCCAGAACUGGGGCAUGGAAUCUGUUGCGCACAGUACUCUGCAACUGAGAAGAUAGUAGUGCUGCUGCAGUUCGUUCUCAGAAAGCUAAUGUAUGCUUCUGGAACUAGCGUAGUGCAGACAGAGACGGAGAAGAGACGCAAACUCCAGUAA